AUCGAACUCGUGUUGUGAUUAGUGGAAUUUCUUAGUCGCUGCCAACCUUCAUUUACGUAGAGACGAAACAAGAGAGCUGGGUUAACUGAUUUCAUUGAAAUAUGAGAGACAAUCAUUUUCUCGUUUUACUGUGCAUCAUUAUAUAUCUCGUUAUCGUCGUAUCGUCCGGCUCCGUUGAUGUAAAUGACAAUCGUAAUUCAAGCAACGGUACCGAAGAUCACUGGUUGAGGAGACGUGUAAUACUACGUAGUGUUCGGAGCGCGCUUAACUCUGAUAAAAAAGUAAAUAAAACUCUGGACGUAACGUUUGGUCAAAAUAUGAAGGAAUGGCUAUACGUGCACGAUGCUGUAGUGAAUUCAUCGUGUAACUUUUCAAAAGCCUUUGGUCACAUGUGUUACAUAUAUGACUGCGAGGAAGGGAAAAGCCUGUAUUGCGAAAUGGAAUUGCGAACUGGACCGUGUCCAGAAUCUUUGCAAGCGUACGAGAAUUCGUUUCAUUGUCGGGACGUUCAGAUAAGCCGUUCUAAAGGCACGGUGCAAGUAUGUAAAUUAGGUGGAAUGGUAAGAAGUCUUGGCCAAAAGUCAAAAUCGAAAGACGGUAGGAACGCGUGUAUGUAUCGUGACGUAAUAACCUUGAGCGGACGUAUGGUCGAGGAGUUGAUCAGACGAGUGAAAGGGAAGCCGUGGAUGGUGCGAAAGAGAAGAUACUUCCGGCGUGAGAGGGAAGAUACGACCGAGACCAAGCAGAAGGAGGAUGACAAUUCGGAGAAGGAUAAAGACGAGGAAGAUGAUAAAACAGAUGGCACGACGGAAAAUUCUAAUGAAGGUAAUGAUAAUGAUAGCAGUGAUAAGAGCACGACGGAAAAUAACAAGGAGGAUGAGAAUGAUACGAGCGAUUCGAAAAGUACCACUGCUGCGUCGAAUGCAGGUGAAAAGGAGCCAACUGGAGAGACCACGAAGGCAAGUACGGAGGAUGACGUAACUGGGGAGCCGAGUGACGAUGAUGUAAAAACUACGUCGGAUGACGUGACGGAUGAAAAUGUGACGACAACUACGGGGAAGGAAAUGACGAGUUCUGAAAAGAUGGAAGAGACAACAUCGGAUGAGGUGGAAACGACGACGAACCCUACGGUGACGGAAUCUGAGGGGUCGGAUGAGACAGCAACAUCGGAUGAGGGGGAAAUGACGACAACCCCUGCGGUGACGGAAUCUGAGGGGUCGGAUGAGACGACAACAUCGGAUGAGGGAAAAAUGACAACUUCAGCGGUGACGGAAUCUGAGGGAUUAGAUGAGACGACAACAUCGGAUGAAGGAAAAAUGACGACAACCCCUGCGGUGACGGAAUCUGAGGGGUCGGAUGAGACGACAACAUCGGAUGAGGGAAAAAUGACAACUUCAGCGGUGACGGAAUCUGAGGGAUUAGAUGAGACGACAACAUCGGAUGAAGGAAAAAUGACGACAACCCCUGCGGUGACGGAAUCUGAGGAGUCGGAUGAGACGACAACAUCGGAUAAAGGGGAAUUGACAACAACCCCUGCGGUGACGGAUUCUGAGGGGUCGGAUGAGACGGCAACAUCGGAUGAGGGGAAAAUGACGACAACUUCAGCGGUGACGGAAUCUGAGGAGUCGGAUGAGACGACAACAUCGGAUAAAGGGGAAUUGACAACAACCCCUGCGGUGACGGAUUCUGAGGGGUCGGAUGAGACGGCAACAUCGGAUGAGGGGAAAAUGACGACAACCCCUGCGGUGACGGAAUCUGAGGGAUCGGAUGAGACGGCAACAUCGGAUGAAGGGAAAAUGACGACAAGUUCAGCGGUGACGGAAUCUGAGGGGUCGGAUGAGACGACAACAUCGGAUGAGGGAAAAAUGACAACUUCAGCGGUGACGGAAUCUGAGGGAUUAGAUGAGACGACAACAUCGGAUGAAGGAAAAAUGACGACAACCCCUGCGGUGACGGAAUCUGAGGGAUCGGAUGAGACGGCAACAUCGGAUGAAGGGAAAAUGACGACAAGUUCAGCGGUGACGGAAUCUGAGGGGUCGGAUGAGACGACAACAUCGGAUGAAGGAAAAAUGACGACAACCCCUGCGGUGACGGAAUCUGAAGGGUCGGAUGAGACGGCAACAUCGGAUGAGGGGAAAAUGACGACAACUUCAGCGGUGACGGAAUCUGAGGAGUCGGAUGAGACGACAACAUCGGAUGAAGGAAAAAUGACGACAACCCCUGCGGUGACGGAUUCUGAGGGGUCGGAUGAGACGACAACAUCGGAUGAAGGAAAAAUGACGACAACCCCUGCGGUGACGGAUUCUGAGGGGUCGGAUGAGACGACAACAUCGGAUGAAGGAAAAAUGACGACAACCCCUGCGGUGACGGAUUCUGAGGGGUCGGAUGAGACGACAACAUCGGAUGAAGGAAAAAUGACGACAACCCCUGCGGUGACGGAUUCUGAGGGGUCGGAUGAGACGGCAACAUCGGUUGAGGGGAAAAUGACGACAACUUCAGCGGUGACGGAAUCUGAGGAGUCGGAUGAGACGACAACAUCGGAUAAAGGGGAAUUGACAACAACCCCUGCGGUGACGGAUUCUGAGGGGUCGGAUGAGACGGCAACAUCGGAUGAGGGGAAAAUGACGACAACCCCUGCGGUGACGGAAUCUGAGGAGUCGGAUGAGACGGCAACAUCGGUUGAGGGGAAUAUGACGACAACUUCAGCGGUGACGGAAUCUGAGGAGUCGGAUGAGACGGCAACAUCGGAUGAGGGGAAAAUGACGACACCCCCUGCGGUGAUGAAAUCUGAGGGGUUGAAAAAGACGACAUCAUCGGAUGAGGGGAAAACGACGAUAGAUUCGUCGACGAAGCAAGGUGAUUACCAUCUGUUAACCUUAGAUCCACGUGAACUAAGUAAAUUGUUUCGCGAGCACAGCGAUUUCUUUAAGUUCCAGAUAGAAAGCGAGGUAAAGAGGAGAAUGAAAGAGGGAGAGAUUAACAAAUUGCUGAGAUUGAAUAUAGAAACAUCCAUGAAGGAAAAGAACAUGUCGAGGGAGGAUGCUGUGGAAGCACUGAAGAAUGAGAUACAAGGACAUUUGUACUUUCCGGUAAUGAUGAAUAAGGUGCGAGACAUGGUGGAUGAGCUUCGCGAAAAAUUGAAAAUAGGAAAUGAUGGAAAACUUUUGAGGUAGUGAAUGGCGUCUUAUUAUUUUUUUAAUAAUAAUAUCAUUGUCUAUGUACAUUUAUUUUUCAAAUUUACAAUAAUCAUAAGCGAAUUUUCAUCUC